AUGCGAGAACAUAAAGCUGAAUGCGGUUCGGAGGGCUUUCCUUCAAGCCACGAUGCCCUCGUAGAUCAAUAUCUCCAUAAACGAGCUGCAUUGAUCACAGAGGAGCAAAAACAACGACAUGACCGUCACUUCCAAAAUUCGCUAUCACCGACAGCCAUUCGAGCAUGCGAGAUAGUUUCCGAAAUUCGGGCAAGAGAAGCGAAACCGCUGGAAUCUUAUACGAAGGCACUCGACUGCGGUUAUUAUGAGUAUGAGGCUUAUCAGCCUCAGGAUAUUCUGCAUUCCGGAGACCUGUUUAAGAGCCGGGCUCUAAAUUACAUGGACCCAACCAAGACCGACCUCUGGAAGAUAGUCCACCGGAUGCCCAAAGGCUCCCUGCUACAUGCCCAUUUAGAAGCCAUAUUCGAAGUCGAAUACAUGAUUGAUCAGUGCUUCAACACGCCAGGAAUCCACAUGUGCGCGGAGAAGCCGUUGCUCACCUCAAAAGACUUUAAUGAAGCACCGUUCAAAUUCCAAUAUGCUUCGGCGUCAGUUAGCGGCGAGCCAAAGACGCAGUCUAAUUCCAUCUGGAUGCCCGGCUAUGAGUCCUUAUCGUUGAUCCCGAUUCGCGUGGCCGCUUCCUCGUUUCCUGGUGGCGGAGAGGCUCAGUUUCGUGCCUGGUUGAAGAGUCGUUGUGUUAUCAUGCCGGAACAGCCACCCCGAAACCACCAUCACGGGUUCGAUGGAAUUUGGGAUCUCUUUAAGCGUAUUUUCCCCAUUGUGAUCAGUAUCAUGUCAUACGAGCCCAUCUUCCGAUGCGGUUUCCGACGGGCACUCAGUCAACUAGCUAAGGAUGGGAUUCAAUACGCGGAGUUUCGAAUGGGUGGUUGGAAUGGUUUUCGAAGGGAAGGGCACGACGACUUGCUUGCAGAUCCCUUUUAUAUAUUCCGAGUAUUGGAAGAGGAAAUCAGCUUGUUCGAAGCAAGUGCGGAAGGGAAAGACUUUUAUGGGGCGCGAAUCAUCUACGCCCCCAAACGGUCCUACCCCAUAGAGAAGAUCAUGAAUCGGAUGGAAAUGUGCAUCCAACUCAAAAAAGCCUUUCCAGCACUGAUAUGUGGAUUUGACCUGGUCGGCCAGGAAGAUCAGGGGCGGUCUCUGGUGGAGCUCAUGCCGACGCUAUUGUGGUUUCAAAAACGUUGCCACGAUCAAGGGCUAGAGGAGAUCCCCCUUUUUCUGCACGCAGGCGAAUGUCUAGGCGAUGGAGACGAAACGGACCAAAACAUAUUCGAUGCCAUUCUGCUCAAAAGCCGGAGGAUUGGCCAUGGAUUCUCAGUAUAUAAGCACCCACUGUUAAUUGAUAUGAUAAAGGAGCGUCAAAUCUUGAUUGAGUGCUGCCCCAUUUCCAAUGAGGUUCUCGGGCUGACAAGCUCCAUCAAGUCCCACCCUUUACCGGCAUUGUUGAGCCGUGGAGUUCCGGUGGCACUUUGUAACGAUGAUCCGGCCAUCUUUGGGCGUGGGAGCGGUCGAGGUGAGGGAAAGAAUGGGUUGACGCACGAUUUCUUCUUUACGCUGCAGGCAUUGGACAACCUGGGAUUGGCGGGCUUAGGAUAUAUGGCGGAGAAUUCUGUCCGCUGGAGCUGUUAUGAGGAUCAAUCCGCUGAACAGUGGCAGGCGGGUAUUCAAAGUGGAGGAGGUAAUGGAUUGAAGGCAGCCCGUCUCCGGCAGUGGUAUGUCAAGUUUGAGGAAUAUUGUCAGUGGAUCGUCGCUGAGUUCGGGGAUGCCAUAACGCAAGAUACAGUGCAUCUUGCACCGUAA